AGCGGCAGCACCAUGUGUGGCUGAGGGAAGCAGCUUUCAUGAUUAGAUACAGCAUCUUCCACGGGACGUUUUAAUUUUCCUUUUCAGCAGACAAAGCUGUUUGUCGAAGUUUCUGUAGAGUUACAAUUAACGGGAGUUUAAUGAACGAAUCCCGCGAUACUUUCCUCAGCCGAUGGAGCACGUUGGAACGUUGACGCUGCUGCUGGAUGCUUUCAUUUUUUUGUUUUUUUAGCUUGACAUGUUUAAAAUCCGACCAUUGUUAAGUGCCUUGGUUAACCACAGACAGUUGAUAGACAGAAACGGUUGUAAGUUCCUGUGCACAAUGAUGAGUGAAGAAUCCCCAGAUCAACAGGCAGCCAAGCUGUUAAAAAGGCCAAAUGAGGAGAAUGAGGAGUCGGCCGAGAGAGCCGCUAAAAGAGUGAAAGCAGAAGGGGAGCACACCGAAGACGACAAGAAGUACCCUAAGAAGAAAGUGGUCCUCCUUUUGGCGUACUCUGGGAAGGGAUACUAUGGCAUGCAGAGGAAUCCCAAAAACUCCCAGUUUCGAACCAUUGAAGACGAUCUGGUGACUGCGCUCGUUAAGUCUGGUUGCAUUCCUGAAAACCACGGCGAUGACAUGAAGAAGAUGUCCUUCCAAAGAUGUGCCAGGACGGAUAAGGGUGUCUCUGCUGCUGGCCAAGUGGUGUCACUGAAGCUGCGUUUGAUUGAGGACAUAAUAGAGAAAAUCAACGAGCAUUUGCCACCACAGAUCAAGGUGCUUGGACUAAAGCGAGUGACCCAGGGAUUCAAUUCCAAAAACAACUGCGACGCCCGUACGUACUGCUACAUGCUCCCUACGGUGGCCUUUUCCCCCAAAGACUAUGACACGGAGAAGGCGGCAGCGUUUCGCUUGGAACCAGAGACCCUUCAGAAGGCGAACCGGCUUUUCGCCCUCUAUAAAGGCACCCACAACUUCCACAACUUCACCUCCCAGAAGGCUCCGACCGACCCCAGCGCCCGCCGCUACAUCACAGAGAUGUCCUGCGGCGAGCCCUUUGUCCGCAACAGCUACGAGUUCGCCGUGAUCACCGUGCGAGGCCAGAGCUUCAUGCUGCACCAGAUUCGCAAGAUGAUCGGCCUGGUGAUCGCUGUGAUUAAGGGCUACGCCAAGGAGCAGGUGAUGGAGCGGAGCUGGGGCCAGGAGAAGGUGGACGUCCCCAAAGCUCCGGGACUCGGGCUGGUACUCGAGAGGGUCCACUUCGACCGCUACAACAAGCGCUUCGGAGGGGACGGGCUUCACGAGCGGCUGGAGUGGGAUCGCGAGGAGGAGGCGAUCAAGGCCUUCAAAGAGGCCCACAUAUAUCCCACCAUCAUCGAGACGGAGUGUGAGGAGGGCUCCAUGGUCAGCUGGAUGGCCACGCUUCCCAUCCAUGAUUUUGAAGCAACAGUUAGCGAAACACAAGACAGUAAGGACCAAAAACAGGAGAAUGCAGAUGAAGGAAACAACUCUGAUUAGACCGCCUGUGGAGAGAUGCCUUUUUUUUUAUUUUAUUAUGGGUAUUUUUUUUUUUUUUCAUGUUUUAGAUCUUAAAAAUAAUUGCCUUCAACAGCUGGCAUAAUAAAACAAUUUGAGUUCUC